AUGGAGGACGACGAGCUGAGAUUGCGCACCCGACGGCUACUGACCGAGUUCCUGGAACACCGCUCCCUGGCUGCUCAUUCGUGGCUGGGUACCCCGCAAUCCUGGUCCCGGAGGCAGAGAAACCGCCUCCAGCAGAUGGUGGACCAGAUGGAUUCGCUAGUUCCAGACGGCGCAGACCCCAACUGGUUGAGCGUGGUGGCGCUGGUGUCCUUCGCGGGGGCCCUGCUGGAGAGACCGCGGCCAGGCCACUCGCAGGCACGCAGGCAAUGGGAUGCCACCGCUGACCAGGACUGCCAGCGCCUGGUCACCUUCCUGUGCGGUUGGCUCACGGGGAAGCACCGCACCUGGAUGGAGGCACAAGGUGGCUGGGAUGGCUUUUGUCACAACUUCAUGCCUGCACUGCCGCCUUGGGGCAGACUGCUGGCCCCGCUUCUGACGUCAUGCCUUAGACUCAUCAUCUUAAUCUGCUUGUGGAUAAACAUCCUGGUUGCAUAG